AUGAGGUAUAAGAAGAGAUUGGAUCUUUCAUUAGUUGGAAGCUGGAAAACUACACCAUUCAAACUUAAUGUGCUUGAAUCAGUAUGUCAAUAUGAUCAUUCACUUUACCGGCCAUUGGUUGAGAAGUUGCUACAAUUAGAAGUUAUUGAGGAGUCUGAAGAUGAUGAUGAAGGAGUGGUUUAUGAUGUCGACUUCGAUAAUGGCUCCAUGCCCCUCUCGGAUCAACAGUAUUACAAAUAUGCCAUGAGCUUGAUAGAUUCACCGAUUACUGAAAAUCUAGUCAAUAUCAAUUUGGCCAAUAGGAUUGACUCUCCUAAAAUAGAAGCCAAUUAUCAGUAUUUUAGAAACUUCAUCAAGCCAAAGAACUACUGUCCGGGAGAAUCUGCUUUUAUAGUCCAAGGUGAAGAUGUUUACUGCCAUCCCACUGACGUAUUUGCUCUCAAAACGGUAGACAAUACCGGCAACGGCUUACAAUUAUUACCUACAGAUCAUCUACUUGGCCGCUCGGACAACAAAUUUGCUCUUUACGGCGACUUCAGAUCCGGCGAAUUUAGAAAGAUGUUCUCCUUCUUAUAUCAAUCAAUGCUCUCAGGCAGACUCAGUUUUGUUUGGAGAUACAUCCCGGACGAAACUGUUCAAAAUUAUGAACUAUUAGGAGGUUAUGGUAUAGACAUGACCUUGAAACGAACUGAUUAUGUGGUCAUCGAUGAUCGGGGAUUCACCGAAGAGCAGCAGCAGAAGAUGAAAUUCGACGGUUCGGUGGUGAAUGAAAAUAUAUCGAAUGAUGAACAAUUGCAAAGUGAGAACGUUUUACAAGUGCCAAAUUUGAAGGAUGAAGAUAUUAAGUUACUUGGAGUGAAGCUUACAAAGCUUGUUCUUGAUCAUCCUCUUGACGAGCAACUUGAUGUGUUAACUGAUAUGGUUCAAGACUUUCCUAAAUUUGCUGCAAGCGUUGCAGGAUUGAAUUACAACGAAUCUGACUUGAAAAUACUUGCACUUAAAUCACUUCAAGAUUCUCAGAUCAAUAUUCCCAGCGGCCUCUUUAUCAACAAUGCAGUGGUUUCCGAUCUGAAAGCUGACAUGUUUGAGGUGAUGAAAGUGUUUGAAAGAGAGCUUAAAUAUUCAAGACUUUUAGACGAAAUUGGUUUCAAUGCCUCUACUGCCAAUGGUAUUCUUUCUACUUUUGCUUCUUAUCAGCACAAUUUUGCAAAAAUGCCGUAUAGGCGAUAUGAUCUCAGCGACUACUCCAAGAAUGUCAUUUAUUUCAACGACAUCGAAAAAGAUGCUCAAUACAGCGAUCUACAGCCUGCACCUGAAGCUUACUCCAAAGAACCAGGUAUGGGUGAGAUUCCCUCUGCCAGGGAAAACAUCUAUGACACUCUCUUCGUGUUUGAUUUGACUGAUCCUGUCAAAUUAUACUAUUGUUUGUCGAUAAUCAACCAGGUGUUAAAAAAUAAAGUUCCGGAAAGGGUGGGAAUAAUUCCACUCUAUACAAGUAAAUUAGGUGCUCUUGCUGCUGAUCAAUUAUUAAGCAUAAAUCUGGUGGAGGGCUCAAAUUCUGCUUUGAGGUAUCUCCAUAAGUUGAACCAUUAUAUGGAACAUGAGGAGUUAUCCCAGGAUACGUUUUCUAAAUUCAAUGUGCCAGAAAUCGACGACGAUCUUAUUCAAAGAUUGCGCAUGAGUAUUGAUUCAAUGAUAGAUAACUUUCAGUUGGGCAAUAAACCGACAUUGAUUGUUGAUGGUGUGAUAUUCCCUUUUAACGAAAACAUACAGCUUGCUGUUCGUCAAUUGGGCUUUGACGUUUACUUCCUUUUUAACAGCUUUGAAAAGGGCAAGAUUCCAUCAAAAAUGUCCUUCAAACAAUAUCUUUAUCUGGAUUCGUUAAAGACGAGACUACCUCAGCUUAUCCCAGAUGAUGUGCAUUCCACUGAUAUGUCAUUUAUUCCCACACCAUCACUUCGAGACAUGAUUGAUUUUGACAAUUCUACCGAUAUAUUCAUGUCCAUUAUCAAACAUAAAUGUACCAAGAAGCCAUGCUACAAGACGUCUAACUUGAAGACAAUAACUCUUAUUGGAAGUUUCAAAAGCGAAAACUUCAGACAUCAGUUAGUGGAGGCUUUAAGAUAUGUCCAGAGCACUUACAAUAUCAAGUUGAAAGUCAUUGACAUUGAAAAUACACAGGAGUUUAAUAGAGUAAAGGCAUUAAGCAAGGACAUUGGCUCUGCAAUUAGAGAGGUCAAGAAUGCUAAUGUGGAACCAAGCGAAGAUGCCACAGAGCGUCCGGGUUUCGAAGCUGUCAAAAAGCUUGGAAUUCACAAUUUGGAUAAUACAAGCAUUAUCAUGAUCUUAAAUGGACGGGCUAUAGAUCUUAGCUCGCAUCGUGUAGUGUCUGCCCAAGAAAUUAACGUUGUUUGCCAUUUUGAGUCUAGAUUCCGUUUGAAUUUGCUUUGGAAAAUUCUUCGAAAGCAGAAGGCUGCUCAAGCUAUUGGUAAAACCAUGUUUCACGAUAAUUUUGACUGGUUUGAAUACAGUUCCUGGUUGAUAUCUGAUACGCAUUUUAGGAACAGCCAGGAAUUUGUUUAUGAGGGUCUUCCAAGAUAUAACACUAAUGUUUUAGAUGACUCACUUGCUAUCCAUAUCCCUGCAAGAUCGGACACCUUGAUGUAUAUUUCAUUGGUGAUUGAUCCGAUUAGUGAAAGUGCUCAAAAGUAUCUUUCUAUGCUCUCUCUCUUCAAGAGAAUGAAUUACGCGGAUAUAAAAAUCCACUUACUACCUUCUGUCAAUAUGAAGUCCCUGAAUGUGAAACGAUUAUACAGGGGAAUGUUCCUCAAUAAAGCUUCAUUUGAUGAGAGAGGAAAUGUGAAUGUUGCAGACCUGAAAAUAUCUUUCGAUAACGUUCCGCAAAGGAACUUAUUUACGGUGAACGUAGAUGAUCCCCAAUCAUGGAUUGUUACCAUAAAAGAGGCUGAUUCAGAUUUAGAUAACCUGAAAUUGGAUCUUACUGGUCCUGUUAAAGCCACAUAUGAACUCAAAAAUAUUCUUAUCGAAGGAUAUGCUAGAGAUUUGACCACAACUGGAAUGAGACCCCUUGGACUACCUGUUGAGCUUUUAGACGAACAGAAAAAAGUAUACUCUGAUACAAAUAUUAUGGCAAACUUUGGCUACAUGCAAUUGAAGGCCAAUCCAGGUAGAUGGGCCUUGCGUAUUAAGCCGGAAUCGAAAGGCUCGAGUAUCUAUUCCUUGAUAGAAGUUGAAGAAGAAGUACCAGAAUUGAUGAGCGAGAAGACUGGACUCUUGUAUGAAAAGGGAGUCAGUUCUUAUCCUCUUUAUAUUCUUGACUUGAAAGGAUUAAUAGUUUUUCCGUUAUUCAAUAAGAAGCCAGGAAAGGAGGAGGAGUUUUUGGUGAAAGUUGGCCAAGAGAACAAGGAGCAGCCAAAAUCCUUGCUCAGCAGAUUUCAAGAAAAGAUGAAACUGCCUGCACUCAAGAGGGACAGUGCAGAAAUCAAUAUCUUCACGGUCGCCAGUGGUCAUUUAUACGAGCGAUUCCUUGGCAUUAUGACAGCUUCUGUAAUGGCGCAUACAAAGCAUACUGUGAAGUUUUGGCUUAUCGAGAAUUACAUGUCUCCUCAACUAAAGGUAGAUCUCCCUAUAUUGGCUGAGCACUAUGGCUUCAAUUACGAGCUAGUGACCUUUAAGUGGCCUGCAUGGCUCAUGCACCAAAGAGAGAAACAAAGGGUCAUAUGGGGCUACAAAAUUCUAUUUUUGGAUGUAUUGUUUCCUCAGGAACUUGACAAGGUCAUUUUUGUUGAUGCCGAUCAAAUAGUGAGAACUGAUUUGAAAGAAUUGAUGGAUUUAGAUUUGGAAGGUGCGCCUUACGGAUUUACGCCAAUGUGCGAUUCAAGAAAAGAAAUGGAGGGAUUCCGUUUCUGGAAGAAAGGAUAUUGGAAAGAACUUUUAGGAGAUAAGUACAAGUAUCAUAUUAGUGCCCUAUACGUUGUGGAUCUAACCAAAUUUAGAAGUAUAGCGGCGGGAGAUAUUUUAAGGCACCAUUAUCAACAUCUUUCCAGUGACCCGGAAUCGUUGAGUAACUUGGACCAGGACUUGCCUAACAAUUUGCAGGACGUUCUCAAGAUCCAUUCAUUGCCGCAAAACUGGCUCUGGUGUGAAACUUGGUGUAGCGAUGAGAGUCUCAAAGAUGCUAGAACCAUCGACCUAUGCAACAAUCCAUUAACAAAAGAGCCCAAACUCGACAGAGCCAGAAGACAGAUUCCGGAAUGGACCAGCUAUGAUGACGAGAUCGCCGCAUUGGUUGACAGGACACGCGGGGACCCAGUCCAAGGAAAAAAUACUGCAGGGAAAAAUGGUCUAAACCACGAUGAACUUUAA